AUGGGUGGAGUCAGUGUUAGAGAUGUCGAGGCGCAAAAGUUCAUCAAUGCCUACGCCGCCUUCCUGAAGCGCCAGGGAAAGCUCCCCAUCCCAGGUUGGGUCGACACGGUCAAGACUUCGCACGCCAAGGAGCUACCGCCCCAGGACAUUGACUGGUUCUACAUCCGCGCCGCUGCUGUCGCUCGUCACGUCUACCUCCGCAAGACCGUUGGCGUUGGCCGGUUACGCAAGGUCCACGGUGGCACCAAGAACCGCGGCUCGCGCCCCUCGCACCACGUCGAUGCGUCCGGCAACGUCGACCGCAAGAUCAUGCAGGCACUUGAGAAGAUUGGCGUGUUGGAGCAGGACGAGGACAAGGGUGGCCGAAGAAUCACACAGUCUGGAAGCCGUGAUUUGGACCGUAUCGCUAUGACUACGCUGGAGGCCGACGAGGAAGAAGACGACGACGAGUAG